CGAGUUCGAGACAAAUCUACAGCGCAAGUCUUCAUUAUCUCCAUGGCUGUAAUCGACCUCUUCACCUGCAUGGUAAUCAUUCCACUAACAAUGUUCGUCGAGUACACCGAAUAUGACAUCAAAUACGACUUCCUGUGCAAGUUGUACCAUUUCUUGAUCACCUCCAAGAUCCCCAUGUCCGCAUUCAUCAUGGUGGCCAUUGCCUUCGACCGCUAUUUCUGUAUCUGCCAUCCUUUCGCUAGAAUCAUCACUUUGUCCAGAGCUAGAAACAUCGUUAUCUGCUUGGCUAUACUGGCCAGCUUCUUUGGAGUGGUGACAUCCAUGUUCUACGGCGUCUACCAGGUGGUGGAGAGAAUAGACAGCAAAAGAAUUGAUGAAGCCAUGGGCACCAACUUUACAACAAAAGUGGCUAGAGUGGACACCACAGUUACUCUGGAUGAUCGGAGCGAUAAGUACAAUAAAAUUCGAGAGUUGUUGAUUGCAACUAUACGGGUGAGAAACUUUACUUUUAACGGAACUGGUGGUGAUUAUCUGCCAACUAUCACCGAAGUCAUUUACGUCGGUGUUUGCAGUCCUUCUAGUGUUAUAUUUGGAUCUACACUGUUUCACGUGUAUCAGCGUACCUACAUGGCGGUGUAUCCAUUGUGUUUGAUCACCGUAAUGAUUCUCUAUCUGAUGAUCUACAGGUUCAUGUGUCUACGACGUUCUAAGAAACUUCAGGAAAAGCUAAUUAUGUGCUCAUAUGUCAAUGGGGAUGGGAAUUACGAAAGUGCACAUUUGAUAAAUGAGGACGCAGAAGACAGCAGGAAAAAUAAUAAAAACAAAGAAAAGUCAGCAAAUGCGGGUCAGUAUGCAGAAACUAUUGUAACGUCGAACGGGAAAUCUGCUCCAACAGUAACUGUGUGUAGUCCACAAGAUGGCGGGGACACGACCCCACUGCAAACCCCACAGGAGUCGAGAAAACACGGGAAAAACCUGCUUGUUGAGUCUAUUUCCAACAGCAAAAUCUCCACCAACAUACCCAUGCUAAACUUCUAUAACAACAACUCUUCGGACAACAAGAAAAACAUCACAGAUGGAGAUACGUCACCCUGUGGCAGGCGGCAUAGUCAUUUUCCCGCACAGAAAUACCAGUGGUAUAAAAAUAGAGACUCCAUGAAGAGGUACAAGGGGAAGAGUCGUCGACAUGCAGCUCCGCCGAACUACGACGUUGACCGCCUGAGAGAAGAGAACAGAUCAGCCAAUGUUCGCACAGCGCUCAUGCUCUUUACAGUGACUCUGGUGUUCAUGAUAGCGUUUGUUCCUGCCUGGGUGAUGGCACAUCGUUUGAUUCCUCACAGCCCGGCUGUAUUUUACCUGUACUUCAGCUAUAACGUAGCGAAUCCUUUCAUCUACGCUUUUAUGAAUCACAUCUUCAAAGCUUAUAUGCGGAAAAUGUUCACGUGUCAAAAGUUAGGAACACCCCAAAGAAGAUGUUCAUGA